GCGUUUCCGACACCGGAAGCUGGCAUGAUUUUCAUGGCGAUUCGCUUGACUGAUUAGAGAGCUCCGUGUUCUUAUACACGUCAACAGUUAUGGAUUGGAGAGUUAUGGUUUCCUAUCUUAAGAGCGGAGAGUAAAGACCCCACAAGUCCUAGGAAGACUACAAUUCCAUCCAUUCCCGCGAGUCUCAGGCAAGUUCUCCUCUAAGGUGUCUGACCUAAGGGCACGCUGGAGGCGCCGAAUUUUACCUGGGAAGAGGAAAUCGGUCCCGGCCCACGGCUGCGCACUCAGAGUACCGCCCCUCCGCCCCUGUGUUUGUUAUUGUUGUGCGGUUCAGGCUGCUGCUGCUCCGCCUCCGCCAACGCAUCCUCCACCAAUCAGUAGUACGAUAGCUUUGAGGGACAUGUGAUUAGAGCCAAUCGUGUUAUCGGAAACUUAGAGAAACAGACGACUGGACCCUGUCUCUCUCCGCCAUGUUAGAUUCACCCGGCUGGGGAUAGCCGCAGAAGUAGCAGCGAACGGUUCUCGCACUGGCCUUUGAAGCAGGCGCCCCCCGGGGGCGGGAAGCUGCCCCACAACAUGGAACCACAGGUUACUUUAAAUAUAACAAAAGGUCACUGUGUCUCACCCGCCCAGUCAGCUCUAGCUGCACAGCAUGGAACCACUGGUUACUCUAAAUGUGAUUACUCUAAAAGUAAAACUCAAAGCUUUCUGGUUUCUGACCCAGAAAUUACAACUUGGGCUGAUGUUGAAGCUAUGGUAAAAGUUUCAUUUGAUCUGAACACUAUACAAAUAAAAUACCUGGAUGAGGAAAAUGAAGAGGUUUCCAUCAACAGUCAAGGAGAAUAUGAAGAAGCACUGAAGAUGGCAGUCAAACACGGAAACCAGCUGCAGAUGCAAGUCCAUGAAGGCUACCAUGUUAUUGAUGACACCCUACCCCCAGUUACAAUAGAAAAACGACCAGUUUCAAGAACAGGAAAGAAGCCACUUGCCCAUUAUUCUUCACUAGUGAGAGUCUUGGGACCAGACAUGAAGAACCCAGAGGGCCCUGCAGAACAGUUACCACCUGCUCCCUGUGAUGCAGACCAGCCCCACAGCAAGCCUCCCGACUGGUUCACAAGCUAUCUGGAGACAUUUAGAGAGCAGGUUGUUAAAGAAACGGUUGAGAAACUUGAACAGAAAUUACAUGAGAAGCUGGUCCUCCAAAACCCAUCAUCGGGUUCCUGUCCGUCAGAAGUCUCAAUACCUGGGUCAGAAGAAGCACUUUUUUUGCCGGAAAAUCAGUUCCAGUGGCAUAUUAUUUGCAGUAACUGCCAAACAGGGAUCGUUGGGGUGCGCUACCAGUGCAGUCUGUGCCCAUCCUACAAUAUCUGUGAAGAUUGUGAAUCAGGCCCAUACGCCCAUGACACUAACCAUGUCCUGCUGAAGUUGCGGAGACCUGUAGCAGGUUCAUCUGAACUCUUCUCUUCCUCAAAGUUCUCUACUCCUCGUUUGCCUGCUGCUCUGGAACAAGCCAGGCUCCAGAAACAAGUUGACAAGAACUUUCUUAAGGCAGAAAAGCAAAAAUUGAGAGCUGAGAAGAAACAGCGUAAAGCAGAAGUCAAGGAACUUAAAAAGCAGCUUAAACUCCACCGGAAGAUUCACCUGUGGAAUUCCAUUCAUGGACUCCAGAGCCCCAAGUCCUCUUUGAGCCGGCCUGAGAGCCUGCUUCAGUCUAACACUCUGAUUCUCCCUUUGCAGCCUUGUGCCCCAGUUAUGCCGACCCUCAGUGCAGCAUUUGUGGAUGAGAAUUUGCCUGAUGGGACUCACCUUCAGCCAGGAACCAAAUUUAUCAAACACUGGAGGAUGAAAAAUACAGGAAAUGUCAAGUGGAGUGCAGACACAAAGCUCAAGUUAAUGUGGGGAAACCUAACGUUGGCCUCUACAGAGAAGAAAGAUGUUUUGGUUCCCUGCCUGAAAGCCGGUCAUGUGGGAGUUGUAUCUGUGGAGUUUAUCGCCCCGACCUUGGAGGGAACAUACACUUCCCAUUGGCGUCUUUCUCACAAAGGCCAGCAGUUUGGGCCUCGGGUCUGGUGCAGUAUCAUAGUGGAUCCCUUCCCUUCCACAGAGAUGCCUGAUGAUAUUGAAAAGGGCAGCUCAGGCAAAGUGGAUCAUCUCACCUGCCAGCAAGAGGAGGGUUUUCUUCUGGAAAAAGAAGAAGAUAAUCUUGAUGAAGCAACUGCUCAAGCAGAAGGGACAGGAACCUGUAUCCCUCAGAAGACAAAAAAUGUUGCGAGAGAGAGAGAACUCUACAUUCCAUCAGUUGACCUUCUAACUGCCCAGGACCUGCUGUCCUUCGAGCUGUUGGAUAUAAACAUUGUCCAGGAGUUGGAGAGAGUACCCCAUAAUACCCCUGUGGAUAUGACUCCCUGCAUGUCUCCACUGCCACACGACAGUCCCUUAAUAGAGAAGCCUGGCCUGGGACAGAUACAGGAAGAGAGCGAAGGGGUGGGAUUUAAAGCACUUCCUGAUGCCACAGCAUUAGUAAAAAGGAAAGCUGAGAAUAUUGCCUCAGCGGAAGAGGUGGAAGAUGACCUCAGUGGGACUCAGUUUGUAUGUGAAACUGUAAUUCGAUCCCUGACUUUGGAUGCUGCCCCGGAUCAUAACCCACCUUGUAGACUGAAGUCCCUGCACAGGGCAGAAUCACAGCUGCAUAACACAGAGGAGCAGCAGCCUGCUUUACCGCCUGAAGUCUGCAGUAAGGAAUCCAACCUGAAAUCUGCCUUGCCUGAAGAGGGACCACUUGGAGAUGAUAGAGAAGAGAUUGUUCCUAUUGCUGAGGAAGAAGCCCCAGAGGAGGAAGAUGAGCUCAGUGAUGAAGUUCAGAGUCAGUCCUCUGCUUCUUCCGAGGACUACAUCAUCAUCCUGCCAGAGUGCUUUGACACCAGCCGUCCCCUUGGGGACUCCAUGUACAGCUCUGCGCUCUCACAGCCAGGCCUGGAGCGAGGGACUGAAGGCGAGCUUGGGGUUGAGGCUGGACAGGAACCAGUUGAGGAUGGAGAAGGAUCCACUGGAAGGGAGAAUCAUCCUCAGGAGCACAGCAUCAACGACAUCCUCAUGACCUCACAGACUCUGGACACAGUGCCCCUAACCCCAGAGGUGAUAGGACCUCCUCCACCGCUGCCCAGGAGCCCUCCCUGUGCCCAGCAUCAUGAUUCCCCAGGAGUGGAUUUACCAGUUACCGUGCGGGAAGUUUCUUCAGUUCAGCUCAGAGGAGAGCCCAGAGGCUCAUCAGGACUUAUAAACAGCAGACAGAAGAGCUAUGACCACUCAAGGCAUCAUCAUGGAAGCAGCAUUGCUGGAGGAUUGAUGAAGGGGGCAUUGUCUGUGGCUACCUCUGCAUACAAGGCCCUGUUUGCUGGGCCACCAAUCACUGCGCAGCCAGUAGUUUCUGAGGAACAGAGGGCAGCCUUGAUGGCCCAUCUCUUUGAAAUGGGAUUCUGUGACCGGCAGCUGAACCUCAGGCUGCUGAAGAAGCACAAUUACAACCUCCUCCACGCUGUGACCGAACUUCUUCAAGUCAACAACAAUGACUGGUACAGCCACCGCUACUGAGGAGUGACCUUGUAUUAAAUAACUUUGCCUGCUGCUCAGAGAUGAUCUGUAUUCUGUCGUUGGGGGUAGGGGAGGAGCCCUUGCUUAUUUUUUAAUCUGGUAAAUCUGUGAAGAGCCCAUCACUGAAUUACAAGAUAAAAA